AUGAGAAAAGCUGUCAUGUUAGAAACUCAGAGAGAGCAUCCAAAAGGCCAUUAAAGACUAGAAUAACAAGACGUCUAAUACAGUAGACCGAGAUGUGGAGGCCCUUGGAGGGAGUCACAUAAAAAGGCUUAAUGCAUAUCUCCGAGAGAGGAUUAGUGCUACUGUGGUGGAGAUAAAGCUGCCAUCGGGGGUUUUAUUUCCCAGCUGACUACUGCAAACCAACACUAAAAACAGUUUCCCUAGGGUUGUUGGAAGAGAUCUGCAGAUGGGUCAGAGUUUGUGGAGGGUGGCGAGGAACCAGCAGCUGCAGCAGCAGUACAGUGAACAGUGUUUCCUCCAGCGGGACAGAGAGCAUGUCCGGAGGAUGGGGUCUCCACUGGUUGAAGGGCUGCCACAGCGCCGCACACCACAGUGCCAGGUGCCCGGCGCCGACAUCAGUCACUUGCUUCGCGUUCGCAAGGGCAAAGCGGAGCAGGGCUUCAUCGACCUUGAGAUGCUGCCGCCAGAACUCAGCAUCACCAUCCUCUCCUACCUGAAUGCCACUGACCUCUGCCUGGCCUCCUGCGUGUGGCAAGACCUGGGCAGUGAUGAGUACCUGUGGCAGGGCCUGUGCAAGUCCACUUGGGGUCACUGUUCCAUAUACAACCGACGGCUUCCAUCUGGAUUUUCCUACAGAAGGCUCUACUUGGAACUGGAUGAAGGAAGUCUAACCUUUAACGCCAACCCGCAAGAGGGUAUUAGUUACUUCAUGUCCAGAGGUAUUCUUGUGGAGCACCCGAAGGAAAUCGCCAAGUUUAUAUUCUACACCAGAAUGCUGAACUGGAAGAUGCUGCGGAUUUAUCUCGAUGAACGGCGAGAUGUCCUGGAUGAGCUUGUCACACUUCAUAAUUUUAGUAACCAGUUCCUCCCUAAUGCACUGAGAGACUUCUUCAGACACAUUCAUGCCCCAGAGGAGAGGGGCGAAUACCUGGAGACCCUCAUCACCAAGUUUUCACAUCGUUUCUGUGCCUGCAACCCCGCUUUGGUUCAAGAAGUGGGUUUAAGUCCUGACGCAGUGUACGUGCUGUGCUACUCUCUCAUCCUGCUCUCCAUUGACCUGACCAGUCCUCACGUAAAAAACAAGAUGUCUAAGAGAGAGUUCAUUCGAAACACGCGACGGGCCGCUCAGAACAUCAGCGAGGACUUUGUAGGCCACCUCUAUGACAACAUCUAUCUGAUCGGCCAUGUGGCGGCCUAAGCACUACAGCGCUCGACACGUUAGCGAGACAUAAAAAAAACAACAUUAGCAACUUGCACUAGGAAGGAUUCUGCUUUAAGAAGGACCACUGUCAGGUCAUUUUAAAACUGAAGUCUCAAGAAUUUAGCUCUCAGUAUGAUGUGCUGCAUUUCUACUAAGCAGAGGGCAGGCCACGAUGUGAAGAAUCCGCAAAGCAAGUUAGUUGUUAGCAGGCUAGCAAUGGUAGCAUAUACCGCUAAAACAUGCAAAAACCUUGUAGCUACGUGAAGAUAUACGAGAUAAGCUAUGAAGUCAGUUAUAAAGCUGAAUGUAGGCUUUAUGGGGUUUGAGUCAAAUUUACGACUAUUUCCUUCCUCGCUGUUCUUUUUUUUGGGGGGGAAGGGGAGGGAGUUCAUGCUUAUCAAAUGAAUGUCAGCUUCUUAUGCUAUUCAGGCAAGGUUAAUGACAUUCAGUCCACGGUCACUGUGAUAUAACAGACUAAAACAGCAGAACUCUGAUAUCGGUGUCGAACAAAAGCAUUUUUAAUUCUGUCUGUAAUUUCUUGUUUUAGGAGACUUUGUGUUUGUGCAUCGUCACUUAUGUCUCGUCUUCUUUUAGAAGAGUAAAACCCACCAGACAUUGUAUGCACUGAAUUUUUUAUUAUCUAUCUUUCUUUGUUUUGGUCUCUUUUUUUUCUCUUUUUUUUUUUUUUUUUUUUGGAGUUUCAGAGAAUCUAUUAGGUAUGGAUUUGAAUAAAAUUGUUUUAUUCUAUUAAGGUCUGAUUUCUAGCAAAUUUAAAAUAAAAGAAUUGUCAUUUAUUUUUAUUUUUUGAAAACAACAGAAUAACAAAUGAUUUAAUGUGUUGUGACUGAAAAUCAUGGUUAUUCCACAAAAUAUUGCUUUCUUUACUUUUCUGAAUUAUUGAAAAAGUUAUUUUAUUUAUUUACUGCAUCACAAAAUGACAAUAUUUUAAAUUUGGAAGAAAUGCCACCAGUAGCUUAUAGAAUAAGUCUCAUUUCAAAUAAAACAAUAUUGUCAUUUAGGAUAUUUGUUUCUCAAAGAAAAAAGACAGAAUAACAAAUGUUUUCAUUUGUUGUGAUAAAAAGUCAGGCUUAUUCCACAGAAUGCUGCUUUAUUUACUCUUCAGAUUUGUUUAAUUAUUAUUUUUUUUAUUUAAUUCAACAAAAAAUGACAAUGUUUAUUUUAAAUUUGGAAGAAAUAUCAUCAGUUGCUUAUAGAAUAAACCAAAUUUACAUUUUACUGAGACGUGACUGAGAUUUUAGGUGAUCUCUUCAUUUUUCCCUUAGCUUUAUAUAAAGUAUAAAGACACUUGAUAUACAAUGAUUUUUUUUCUAAUAAUACAUUUGACAGCUACUGUUUAAGUUAAUUAUUUUCUUUCAGUUCAUUGAUGUGGGUAUUUUUCAUGCAUUUCAGGCUUUUCUUUUAUUUAGACUUUCAAUUGGGUGCCAAUAAUGAGGAACAAUUACUAAACAUACACAACUAUAAGGAAAACAUUAUUAUUCGCACGGGCUGCAUAUAGUUUAAUGUAAUAUUGACCAUUUUAUUUGCACAUAAUGUACAUAUUUAAGUAUAGAGAUUUAUAAACAUGAAAUUUUAUUUUGGAGUAUUUUAAGACUAUAAGACUUAAAAGAGUGAAUUCUCUUUUGCACUUUUUUUUGCAUAUUUACAAUGUUAUGAGCGCUCAGCAAACUGCUACAUCCUUUUAUUUGUGAAGUGUCAUACCAACGAAGCCUAAAUAAUUCUGAUGUUAUCCAGUGCUGAAUUAACUGUAAAUCUAAUAUCAGAUUACAGCUCAUCUUUCCCUGGUUCUUUUUGUCUUCUUUUCUUUUAAUGCUCUGCAUUCAUUAGGUAAUUAUCCAGCAAAUAAAAUUCUCUUUGAACAAAUGUUCUUAACUGUAAUUAAACAGUAAAAAAAGAUUUGUUUAAUAUAGGUUUCAGAAUGAUAACACUGGACUAACGCACUUAUAGAUUGUAUAUCAUUAAAAUAAAAGUUUGAAAAUCCCUGUA